UUGGACCCGGAUCCGCGUAUAACGAUCGGAUACUGAAGACUCUCCACCUUUUCUCUUACCUCUCCCUCGGCCAUUGAAUGCUCUGUCGGAGCUCUUGCCUCCCUCCUCCGUCACCGACCUCCCCCUGCUGGAGUCCUCCGAUCGCCUCCCGCACAGUCCAAGGCUCCUGAAUCAGGUCGUUCAGACAUUGGCCUGGGCAGAGUUGUCGAGAUGAAUGAUAGGAAGACAAUAGAUUUACAGCAAGGAUGGGAGUUCAUGCAGAAGGGUAUCACCAAGCUCAAGAAUAUCCUGGAAGGCCUGCCGGAGCCGCAAUUCAGCUCGGAGGACUAUAUGAUGCUUUACACUACUAUUUACAACAUGUGCACUCAGAAGCCACCUCAUGAUUACUCCCAGCAACUAUAUGACAAGUAUAAAGAAUCUUUUGAGGAGUACAUUUUCUCAACGGUGAUGCCCUCUUUAAGGGAAAAGCACGACGAAUUCAUGUUGAGAGAGCUUGUGAAAAGAUGGGCAAAUCAUAAAGUUAUGGUUAGGUGGCUUUCUCGUUUCUUUCACUAUCUGGACCGCUACUUCAUUGCUCGGAGGUCGUUGCCACCCCUUAGUGAAGUUGGUCUCAGUUGUUUCCGUGAUCUGGUUUAUCAUGAAUUAUAUGGCAAAGUUAGGGAUGCUGUAAUCUCACUGAUUGAUCAAGAACGCGAAGGAGAGCAAAUCGACCGAGCUUUACUAAAGAAUGUCUUGGACAUCUUUGUUGAAAUUGGGAUGGGACAUAUGUCCUUUUAUGAGAAUGAUUUUGAAGCAGCUAUGCUGAAAGAUACUGCUGCCUAUUAUUCUCGGAAGGCUUCAAGUUGGAUCCUGGAGGAUUCCUGCCCAGAUUACAUGUUGAAGGCAGAGGAAUGCCUAAAAUGGGAGAAAAAUCGGGUUUUUCAAUACCUGCAUUCUAGUAGUGAACCGAAGUUACUAGAGAAAGCUCAGCAUGAGUUGUUGGCUGUAUACGCCAACCAGCUACUCGAGAAGGAGCACUCUGGAUGUCAUGCAUUGCUUAGAGAUGACAAGGCAGAAGAUUUAUCAAGAAUGUUUAGGCUUUUCUCAAAGAUACCACGGGGCUUGGACCCCGUGGCCAACAUGUUUAAGCAGCAUGUGACUGCCGAAGGCACUGCACUAGUAAAGCUAGCUGAGGAUGCUGCCAGUAAUAAGAAGGCCGAGAAGAAGGAUGUGAUUGGCUUGCAGGAACAGGUUUUUGUUAGGAAAGUGAUCGAACUGCAUGAUAAGUACCUUGCCUAUGUAAAUGAGUGUUUUCAGAACCACACUCUGUUCCACAAGGCUCUUAAGGAAGCUUUUGAGGCGUUCUGUAACAAGGGUGUUGCUGGAAGCUCGAGUGCGGAGCUGUUGGCUACUUUCUGCGACAAUAUACUGAAGAAAGGUGGUAGUGAGAAAUUAAGUGAUGAAGCCAUUGAAGAAAUGCUAGAGAAGGUAGUAAAGCUGCUUGCAUAUAUUAGCGAUAAGGAUCUGUUUGCUGAAUUCUACAGGAAAAAGUUGGCAAGACGACUUCUUUUUGAUAAGAGUGCCAACGACGACCAUGAAAGAAGCAUAUUGACAAAGCUGAAGCAGCAGUGCGGUGGUCAGUUCACCUCUAAGAUGGAAGGAAUGGUGACAGAUUUGACUUUGGCAAGGGAAAAUCAGACAAGUUUCGAAGAGUACCUCAGCAAUAAUCCCAAUGCAAGUCCUGGGAUCGACUUGACAGUUACUGUUCUGACGACUGGCUUCUGGCCAAGUUACAAAUCAUUUGAUCUGAACCUACCAGCAGAGAUGGUAAGGUGUGUAGAGGUUUUCAAGGAGUUCUAUCAAACGAAAACAAAGCAUAGGAAACUCACGUGGAUAUACUCCUUGGGUACUUGUAAUAUCAUCGGUAAAUUUGAAGCUAAACCUGUGGAGUUGAUUGUGACAACAUAUCAGGCUGCUGCACUUCUGUUGUUCAACUCUUCAGAUAGAUUGAGCUACUCUGAGAUAAUGACUCAGUUAAAUCUAAGUGAUGAUGAUGUUGUUAGGCUUCUUCACUCUUUGUCAUGUGCGAAAUAUAAGAUCCUCAACAAGGAACCAAACACGAAGACUAUCUCCCCCACCGAUCACUUUGAAUUCAACUAUAAGUUCACGGAUAAAAUGAGGAGAAUCAAGAUACCUCUUCCUCCUGUGGAUGAGAAGAAGAAAGUGAUCGAGGAUGUUGAUAAGGACCGAAGAUAUGCUAUUGAUGCAUCAAUCGUGCGAAUCAUGAAGAGUAGGAAAGUCUUGGGUCACCAGCAGUUAGUCAUGGAAUGUGUUGAGCAACUGGGACGAAUGUUUAAGCCUGACUUCAAGGCCAUCAAGAAAAGGAUUGAGGACUUGAUCACUCGGGACUACCUGGAGAGAGACAAGGACAACCCGAACCUAUUCAGAUACCUGGCGUGAGAUUUGGGCCCCCCUAUCAGUCCACAGAAAGUGAGGCUUUCUCCCGCCAGAACCCCCAGAAGGCCAUUAGAGGUAUGGCAACUUCUGUAGAUUUGGCAAAUUCUGGGAAUGAAGCACUGAGCUGAAAAAAUGCAUUGUAAAUACUGACCUCCCCAAGCACCAAAGGGGUCGUGUACCAGAUUGGUGAGAUUGUUAGAUGACUACCAAUUGGUACGAAAGCAACAAGAGGACCAACCCAACCGACUAUAUUAAUCCUUACGCACCAUACAUAUUGUUGUCAUGUGUUCUUUUCUCUCUUUUUGGUUUUUCUUGAUUAAGUGUUCAUUCGCGCCUGCCUUGAGUUCAGAUGAGGUGUUAUUUUGGUUAUGUGCUCGAUUUGGUUGUUUUUGGAGUGGCUUGUUUCGUAGCGAGGCUUUAAGGUGAACCGAAUUGAAUGCUCCAACUUUGAUUCGAAUUUCUUACUGAUUGCUUAUUACAUGCGUUUGCUUUUAUGUGUUC